AUGGCAUCUCUCAAGGACACAUGGAACCAGUGCUUUCAAGGUCACGCGGCCAUUAUGAAGGCCUAUCCGCUGGACAAACGAGAGAAGGUCGACUAUUUCCAAGAGAAUCAACUGGAUCUUCACGAGGACACCUACCACACCACCAUGGAUUACAUGGCUGAUUGUCUAGAGGAGGUCGAGCCUAGCGUGAGUGCGAACCAGUCUAUCAACAGCUCAACGGUACAUUGCAGCCAUUCAUCGUUGUCUUUGAGACAUCUUCCCGCGAUUCAGUUGCCUCCGUUCUCAGGGAGCUUUCAGACUUUACACGAAUUUCUUGCGGCAAGUUUAACCGGAAGCGCGCGUGAUGCAAUUGCUAGUUUAGCGAUUACUGCCGACAAUUUUGAAAUAGCCUGGAGAUCGGUCACGGCACGAUUUGAAAAUAAACGUCGGAUGAUCGAGGUACACGUUUUGACAUUGUUUAAUUUACCGAGCAUGUCACGCGAAUCGCUUUCGGAUUUGCAUGCGUUGCGCGACAAAGCCGACAAAGCAAUCGCCGCGUUGAAACGUCUCAAGCGCUCCUCUGAAGAUAUGCUGAACGACAUCUUAGUUUAUUGCGUUUCUCAAAAACUCGACACUGCGACGCGUCGAGCAUGGAAACUUAAAUUCAACGAUGACUCUCCCCCCGCGAUUUAUACCGAUUUGAUCAAUUUUGUAUCCUCGCGUGCCAUCGCGCUUGAAGAACUCAAGCCGACGAAAUCGUCGAAAACAAAUUCGGAUUUCAAGGUUACAAGUUCACCUACCUCUGCCGUGUUGGAGCCGACUUGCUCUCUUUGUCAAAAGCGUCACUUCUUAAAUAAAUGUUCCAAAUUCCUCAACAAGAGUCCGAGUCAACAUCCAGAAUUCGUUAAAGAGCAGAAACGCUGUUUGAAUUGUUUAAGCACAAAACACUCUCUUUCAGAGUGCAAGAGUAAAUUUACGUGUCGUCAGUGCCAAGAGAAGCACCAUACAAUGUUGCAUAUAUUGACUCGCCCUCUUCGUCUAACAUGA